CCGUAAUCAUACCGUAUGUAUUUUGCGGCGUCUUGGCCGGGCCUGAGGCUUUUUCUAAACAUUGGGCUUUUUACAUGUUUUGCAAUGGCAGCACAACGAAAUACUGUCUUUGUCACAGUAGGUACAACAAGUUUUGAUGCGUUGAUAGACGAAAUUUCAAGUGAAAGGACUCUACAGGUUUUGAAGUGUCUUGGUUACGUGAAGGUCAUUCUUCAGAUAGGACGAGGGAAGAUUGAGCCCCAGCAGAUAAAAAAUAAAGAUUUUUGCCUUGAGGUUUACAGAUAUAAGGACUCCAUUGCAGAAGAUAUUCAAAAUGCUGAUCUUGUCAUUAGCCAUGCAGGAGCUGGGAGCUGCUUAGAAACCCUAGGAGCAAAGAAACCACUUCUUGUUGUUAUCAAUGAACUCCUCAUGGGGAAUCAUCAGUUGGAACUUGCAGAUCAGCUGUACAAAGAUAAACACCUAUUUUACACAACACCUAGCAAACUAGCAUGUGAUCUUGAGAGCAUGGAUUUCUCUCUACUAAAGCCAUUCCCUCCUGGUGACCCAUCCAAGUUUUCAUCAUUCUUGGACAAAGCUUUAGGAGUGUCCUGAGAAUCCAUGCAGAGUAGCUACAGUAUUUGAUGCAUUCCAAUGAAAGGUUCAUUAACUUUUCCCUUAGUUUAAGCAGAAAUACACUAAAGAGAUCAGCACAAUCCAAGAAAAAUCCAAUAAUUAACUUGUAGAGAGAUUUUUAGUUCUUAUUGUUUGAAUACUCUCUUUCACUAAAUCUAAAACAUAACAAUAACUUGAUUUCCUUAUUUUCCAUGAGUAUCAUAUAUCUAUCAUGAGGUCAAGAGGAAAGGUUUACAAAGUAUAGUCGUCGUAAUUUCCCAGUACAAUUCACAGGACCAAUAUUGCAAAUUUUGAGGGUACAAAUCUACAGUGUAAUUAUUAGACUAUUUUCCAUCUCCCUUUCAAGACAGAAAUUUUCUUUGUUUGGAGUACAUGUGUGCUUCACAUUUUCUUCUGAAUUUGUGUUACUGCCACUAGCAGUAAAAUUUGCAGCCUCAUCCGUAAUUGGGUAGCCACUCCACUCACAGAUUUCUUUUGAGAAUUUUCAGUAAUAUAUUGUUGAAUUGUCCUACUCGUAUUGCACUUGCAUUUAUUUACCAAGCGCAAUGUGACAUCACAUAUUAAUUCCUGCAACGAUGCAUUGUAGACGGUAUAUGUGCAACAGUAUGAAUGUUUCGCAUUCAGCCUUCUACAUGUAUGUGCCUGCAUACAACAAGCUAAGUAUGCAUUGUACACAAAAUAAAUGAAUCAUUGUAGUUGUAAUUACAGUAGAGAAGCGGCUCAAGGCAGUCAAAGCUCAAUUUAUUCUCAUGUGGUGCACCCUGAGUCUCUGUCACAAGUGGGAUGUAAACCGUCAAUUCUGUACACUCAGUGGGUGGGAAGAUCGCAAGACCCUAUUGGCACUCAGAGACUAUAUCGAUGUACAUACAUACUUUACUGGUCUUCAGGGCAAAAGCGCAAGAACAUAUAAGAACAUGUCGACAAGAACGUGGGAGCAGAUCCACCCAAAUACAAAUAAAAUAUCACUGUUAAGUGGAUACAUAUAUCCAGGGAGAAAUUAUUAGACUAUGCUAUCUUUCAUAUGGUUUCUGUUUUGUGAGAGUGAAAAUAAUUGAUAAUAAAUCAAUGUCUUUUCUAGAU